UCCCUAAAUUUGGUGAAUUUAAAUCCAGAUUUACACACUAAUUUUAAGAAAGCAGUAUAGUACCGGCCUCCUAUCAAUUUAAACACAAUUAAUUUUUAAUAUACACUAAUGGGAAAGGCAAAGACGGUUGAAGAGCGAUACCAGAAGAAGACACAGCUCGAGCACAUUUUGCUUCGACCCGAUACAUAUAUCGGAAGCACGGAGCUCAAUAAUCAGCAGAUGUGGGUCUUCGACGAAGAAAAAAACAGAAUGGUGUACGAAACUAUAGACUACGUGCCAGGUCUAUAUAAAAUUUUCGAUGAGCUCUUGGUAAAUGCAGCAGAUGUGUACGCACGUCAACUGAGCGACCCUACCUUGGAAAAAAUGACCUGCAUUAAGGUUACAAUAGACCGUGGAACAGGAGCAAUAGUGGUAUACAAUGACGGUGAGCCAAUACCAAUACAGAUCCAUAAUGAGCAUAAGAUGUACGUGCCUCAGCUGAUUUUUGGUGAGCUCUUAACGAGUGAUAACUACGACGACUCAGAGGAGCGUGUAACUGGAGGAAGGAACGGUUUCGGGGCAAAACUCGCCAAUAUCUUCUCAAAGACAUUUACCGUUGUUGUAGGAAACAAGAAAACCAAGAAGAAGUUUAAAAUGACCUGGUGUGAUAACAUGACCAAGACGAAAUCUCCAGCUCAAAUCGAGUCAUAUAUGGGCCCUGACUUCGUUAAAAUAACAUUCAUACCAGACUACUCACGCUUCAACUUAACUGAGUUGGAUGAAGGAACCUACAAGGUCUUGAAGAAGAGGGUCUACGAUAUGGCAGGUACGCUUGGAGUCAAGGUGUUUUUAAACAAUGAAAGGAUAAAGGUAAAGGACUUUAAGGACUAUGUUAACCUUUACCUUCCUGAGGACGCCACGGAAAUUGUCAAAAUUUAUGAGAAAAUGUACCGCUGGGAAGUAGUAAUCAGUACCUCAGAGGAUGGCUUCAGACAAGUAUCAUUCGUAAAUAGCAUAAACACAAUUAAAGGAGGAACACACGUUUCACAUGUAGUCGACCCCUUAGUACAGUCUUUAACCAAGAAGGUUAACUCAAAAAAUAAAGGCGGAAUCGAGUUAAAGCCAAAUCAAAUCAAGAACCACAUCUUUGUUUUUAUUAACUGUCAAAUCGUAAACCCAUCGUUCGACUCACAAACCAAGGAAACUUUGACUACGAAAAUAGUAAAGUUUGGUAGUAAGUACACAAUGUCGGAUAAGACACUCAACCAAGUCCUCAAGAGUAAGAUUUUUGAUAACAUUCUAAGUUGGCUGCACGAAAAAACAAACAUUGAGCUGAAGAAGAAAAUGAAGGUGGCCAAGGGUAACGAUAAGUUGUUUGGUAUACCAAAGCUUGAAGAUGCAAACAAGGCUGGAACGAGAUACGCGACAGAGUGUACACUGAUACUGACAGAAGGAGAUUCAGCCAAAACAUCAUGUUUGGCAGGUUUGUCGGUUGUAGGCAGGGAUAAAUACGGUGUGUUCCCAUUGAAGGGUAAGCUGUUAAAUGUUCGUGAAGCUUCUUACAAGCAGCUAACUCAGAACAUUGAAGUACAAAAUAUACUUAAGAUUAUGGGACUUGACAUCACCAAUAAGCUAAGGCAAGAUUCGUCAGGCUUGCGGUACGGAAGCAUAAUGAUAAUGACCGAUCAAGACUAUGAUGGCUCACACAUUAAAGGUCUCCUGAUUAACAUGUUCCACAACUUUUGGCCUAAACUCAUACAAUUCAACGGAUUCAUAAAGGAGUUCAUUACCCCAAUUAUUAAAGUGACCAAUAAGUCUAAUAACCAGGUCCACUCGUUUUUCACAAUUGAGGAUUUCAACAACUGGAAGCAAACAGUCGACAUUUCAAACUACAGAAUUAAAUACUACAAAGGGCUGGGAACAAGUAGUGACAAUGAGUUUAAGGAGUAUUUCGGAAAUUUAAACAGGCAUAUCGUGGAGUUUAAAUACGUUGAUACUGUGGAUGACGACUCCAUUGAUCUAGCGUUUAGUAAAAAGAGGAUUGAUGAUAGGAAGAGGUGGAUGCAAAACUACGUCCUGGGUACUACAGUGGACCACUCAAUUAAGAAACUACGUUACUCGGACUUCAUUAAUAAGGAGUUGAUACAGUUUAGCAUAUACGAUACCGAGCGUAGCAUACCAUCAGUGAUUGACGGGUUCAAGCCGGGACAGCGUAAGGUUUUGUUUGGCUGUUUUAAGCGUAACUUGAAGAACGAGUGUAAGGUAGCACAACUUACUGGAUACAUUGCUGAGCACUCAGCUUAUCACCACGGUGAAAACUCGUUACAACAGACAAUUGUAAACAUGGCACAGGACUUUGUAGGCUCAAACAACAUUAACCUACUCCUUCCAUGUGGACAGUUUGGUAGCAGGAAAGAGGGUGGUAAAGACGCAGCAGCAGCACGUUACAUAUUCACGAAGCUGUCACCACUAACACGGUACAUAUUCCUACAGGAAGAUGACCCGAUACUUGACUACCAAAAUGAUGAUGGGCAAAUAAUAGAACCGUAUUACUAUUUGCCCAUAAUACCAAUGGUGUUGGUUAACGGAGCUGAGGGUAUCGGAACCGGUUUUAGCACAUACAUCCCCAGCUAUAAUCCAAUUGACGUAAUUGACAAUAUAGUAAAUUUCCUAGAUAACAAGGACAUGAAUGACAUGAUCCCUUGGUACAGAAACUUCAAAGGAACAGUAACUAGGAACACUAAGCUGGGUUAUGAUAUUACAGGUAAAUAUGAAUUGAACCACAGCCUGAACCAACUUGUGAUCACCGAGUUGCCAGUUAACCGCUGGAUCAAUGAUUACCGUGAAUUCCUAAACUCUAUAAUGGUAACUAAUAAGGAAGAUGAGGGGUAUAUUACAGACUACGGAGACUAUAGCAGCAACGAGGAUAUUAAAAUUAAAAUCAAGCUUAACGACUCUGGGCCUGACAUCACAGAUGACAUUGAAAAGGUGUUUAAACUUAAAACCACGAUUCCAACAAGUAAUAUGAUCCUCUUUGACUGUAACAAGAGAAUUAAAAAGUACAACGGAGCGAUAGAUAUUUUGAAAGAUUUCAUUACCACAAGAGUUAAGUACUAUAGUAAGAGGAGGGAGUAUAUGAUAAAGCAACUCCAGCUACAGCUACAACAGUUGUCCAACCAGAUUAGAUUUAUAAAUAUGAUCAUAAACAACGAACUUGUGAUUUUUAGAAAAUCAAAAAAACAAAUUGUAAGUGAGCUGAAAAGACUUAAUUUCAACACUUACAAACAAGAGGAGGAAGAGGAUGAAGAAGACAAUGAUAUUGAAGGGUUCAACUAUCUCCUUAAAAUGUCACUCUUAAGUUUAACACUUGAUCAUAUCAAUAAGCUGAACAACGAAUACAAUUCCAAGCAGGUUCUACUCAAGGAACUCAUUAACACAACCCCAAUUCAACUGUACAAGAAGGACCUAAGUGUUCUGAAGGAUCAACUCAUUCAGACAAACCAGUAUAGGCCCUAUGAGAAAAGAGUUAAAAUACAACCAGAACCUAUAAUUCCAGAAAGUGUCCAUGUAACUAACGGAAUUCCACCCUUAAAUGGUGAUACAAAAUUAAAUUCUGUCCCACUAGUAAAUGGUGCUCCAUCAUUGAAUGGUGAUCGUCCAUCGACUGGUGGGAUUAAACUCAACAGCUCAGUUCCUCAGGUGGAUAUAUUUGAACUCACUGAACUUGAUGAUGUGGAUAUGGAAAAAAGUGAUGAAGUGUACGGGUCAUCACAAUUUGAUGAUAAUUUCCAAUUAUCUCAAUUGGAGUUUUCUCAAGUUAACCCUGAAGAAUUAACACAGUAUAAUCAGGAAGAGUCGUCGCAAGUUAACCCGGAAUUCUCAUCGCAAACCACUGAGAAGGAGGCCAAUCCACUUGAAAAGUACAGCACAUCCCUCCUUGAUAGGCUAAGUAAAAAGUACAAUAGUGAUGUAUUAACUAGUAUAAUUAAGCCAGAUGAGGAUGAAAAAACACCUACUAGAAAACCUAUACCAAAACCAGCAACAAAGACCCCUGCAAAAUCCUCAAGCAGUAAUUCAGGUAAACGAUCAACAAGUAUUAAAAGGAAAAUAUCAAGUAAGGUGAUUUUAAGCUCAGAUGAGGAUUCCACACCUCCAAAACCUCCUAGGAGAGCUAAAAAACCAAAGAAAAUUAUAGAAGACGAUGACGAAAGUGAAUUUGAAAUUCCAGAUGACGAUGAGAGUGAUUUCGAGUUGGACGAUGAUUAAAGUGACUAGUAGCGUCUACCCACAACACACAUUUUAAAUUUUAUAACUUCUA